AUGGCUCAAACCAAGAUUGCCGUUAUUGUUUUGAUGGCAACGCUUUGCGGACUUUCAGCAGCUGCACAGACUUAUGAUGAUUUGUCAACUCAGGUGGUUGGCAAAAUUCCAGAAUUUGUUCUUUCGCCAUAUUAUUUCACUGCUGACAUGGUUACCGGAGAAGUCAUUGAAACCAAAGUCAACACGGCCGACAAAGAUAUCAGACAGUUAUUGGUCGACGCAUUGAAAAAAGCAUCUGCUGCCAAGUUGACCGAGAUGAACACAAAAAAUGGUGCCCAACCUGGUGCCCAAUCUGGUUCCCAAACUGCUCCUCAACGUCAUAAGCGUGAACCAGGUAAGUAUACCAAAUAGCAUAUAAAAAUGACGAACUAAUCAUUUUUUUGCAGAAGAAGAUCAAUUCUGGGAGUUCUACAAUGCGGCCACUCAAUUUUUGGAUCAAUACGAUGUUUCCAUCAAAUAUUUGGACUAA